CUCAAAUCGGAGAGAAUGUUGGGGAUGUUCAUUUUGAAAUAUAGACUGCGUCUCCUCUUUUCUCCUACACAAACACAAUCUUCUCACCGUUCGUCUUCUGAUCAGAUCAGAUCAUAUCAGAUCAGCCAUGGAGGAUGAGAUUGAGUUGAAAACUGCCCCUGCUGAUUUCCGGUUCCCUACAACGAACCAGACAAGGCACUGUUUCACCCGCUACAUUGAGUUCCACAGGUGUACAACUGCAAAGGGAGAGGACUCCAAUGAAUGCGAGAGGUUCGCCAAGUACUACCGCGCUCUCUGCCCUGGAGAAUGGGUUGACAAGUGGAAUGAGCAGAGGGAGACCGGAACUUUCCCUGGUCCUCUCUGAUUUGAGCAAGAUCAGGCUCUCUUUUAUCAUUUUAUGCUUUAAGGCCAGAAGAAGGUCGUGUGGAUGGAUUGAUUGUUGAAACCCCAACUCUUUCGUUUUUAAACGUUUUCUCUGGAUGAUCAAAAUAAAUAAACUGGAAAGACAUUCUUUUGGAUUGAUAAA